AGGUAGUCAAGAAGCUGCUUCCUUAGCAACGGGCCCUAGUAACAACACAAGAGUUUGUGUAAAGCUCCUGACUGCGGACUCAAACAGCGACAUGAGUUCACCCAAGAAAAGCGCCAAAGUUACUGAAAGUGUGACUUUCUUAACACCUAAUCCACCACAGGUCACCUGUCGAAAGCCUUGGAUGGACACAAAACAUUUGUUUUCACCUCUCAAGUCCCCAGAAACUAAAUCAGCUGUAAAAAGCUGGCAGACUGAAGGGACAGACAGUGGAUCAAGUCAAAGUAAAGGAGCAGGCCAGUGCCGAUUACCGAGAAGGGGGACACUGCAGUUUUCUGGGACCUCCAAGCACUGCAGCAGCACCCAAACAAAAAUAAAAAAAAAAUUGAAAAGAGACAAGACUCUCCGUGAAACUCUGGUUAAAAUCAUAUGCCCGACUGAAGAGGACAGCAGCUUUCCAUCAUGUGGCUCCUCCAAUUUCACAGCAACGGAAAACCGUGAAAAGAGAUUCAACUAUUUCAUCCAGAAUGGGAUAGACCUGGAGAAUGUGGCUCCUCUUGAUGACUCUUCACUAGAGAACAUGAAGGCCUUGGUCCCCUGCCACUUGAGAAGUCGGAGGGCAACAAUGGAGAAGCUGGAGGAUGAGAUCAAGGAGGACUACUUGCUAAAUGUCAAAAAAGCAAUCUUGAGACAUACAUUCAGGUAUUCAACAAAAAAUGACGAUGACGAAAUGAAAGAUCAUCCACCACACAGGCUUGAAUUGGAAGAAUUGCCAAAACCUUGGAACAAAACCUCAGUCCAUGCCCGAAAGAUGAUGACAUUAAAGCUUCACUCUUUCAACCCUACCAUGCAGGAGGUGCUGUGUCAUUGGCAUGUUAGUUACAAAAAUCUCCGCCUGGUAGAUGUAGAAGAGUUCCACAGCCGAAGUGAGUCCAUGGAGCUUUCUGUGUUUAAGGAGAUUGUCAGCAGACAUGUCGAUAAAGCAAGAGGAAUCCUCCUAAAGCAGUGGAUUCCUGAAAUGCAAAACAUUUACUACGAGGGGGGUAGGCGUAAGCUGGUGCCUGCCUGCAGCAACAACACCAAGUUGCUGUCUUUCUUCAAUUGUGCAGCUACAUUGAUGACCUCCCAUCUCCAGAGCCUUGCAAUAGACUCGCUGACAGAUUAUACAAAACUCAUUUCCCAAGACCCGCAGUCAGUGCGCGCCUAUGAACACUCUGGUUUUGUGCUGCAUCUGGUCCUGGAGGACAAGAAGAUCGAGUUUGAGCCCAACUUCAAACAAUUUGAAGAGGCCGUUCUUAAUGUCUAUGAGUUAAUGCUCAGGUCCAUCAGCAUGAUACCUCGUGUGGAAACCAAACUGUUCCCAGAGUCGUCAGUCUCCCAGUUCGGAAGCACUUUGAAGCCCAUUAUCCUGCCAGAGAUCCUUCAGCCCCAGCAGGAGGAGGUGCGCAGGGUGUUCUGGGCUGAAUGUGUGAAACCCAAAGAGUACAUUCAUGAGUAUGAUAGAUACGCUGCACUGGUAUCCAGGCAAGCAGAGGAGGAUGUAGAGCAGUUCCUCAGUGAGCAGCACUCCUUCCAGGAAAUCAUGGAAGAGGUGGUACAUUACCAGCAGCUCGCUGACCAGAUCCAGUACACAUCAUGCAAGGUGGUACGUCUUGGCAUGUUUGAGGUUCAAUCCGAAAAACUCCUCCUCUCUUUGGUCAAGCGUGCUCUGGGCCUACAGCAGAAAUUGAAUUCACGGAUGCUACAGGACCAUCAGGAACUCAACAAAAAGCUUUGUAAUGAAUUUGAGAUGAUUGCAGAGAAGGCCCUGAGUACACCACCUGACACACAAAACCUGAUGGAGCUUAAGGCCUUCAUGAAUAAGGUGAAGUCUACAGACAUGCCUCUGUUGGAGGGAAGACUGGCAGACUCCAUCUCACAACUGUGUGUCCUGAUGGACUACGUCACCCUCUCACCGCUGGACAUGCAGCUCAACUCGCAGACCUAUCAGUGGCUUAAGCGUAUGCCAUCAAUCUUUAUGGAAAACAGAAAGAUCAUUACUGAAAAGACAGAGGAAUAUCAGAGUGGGCUUAAGUUUUGCCGUGAGCACUUUGAGAAAGAACUGGAGAGCUACAGCAAACAGGUGGAGACAUUUACCACCUUUGGUGACCUGGCGGAUCUAAGCAAGUAUCUGAAGAAAUCCCAGGACCUUAAUGCUAAACUAGAGGCGGCCAUGGAAAAGAUAAACGAUUUCAACCUAGAGGAGGAACUCUACGGCUGGUCUGUUUCCCAGUACCCACAGCGUAAGAAGAUCCACGACAAGCUCACACCCUUCAUGCGCCUGUAUGAGACAGGCACCGACUUCCUGCAGCAGCACGAGCAGUGGCUCAAUGGACCGCUCUCAGGUGUCAACCCAGACAAGAUAGAAGGAGAUGUUGGGAACUUCUGGCGCACUCUAUACAAGCUGGAAAAAGGCUUUAGUGAUGAACCCCAGGCGCUGAACAUAGCCACUAUUAUGAAGGCUAAGGUGGAGGAGUUCAAGGAGCAUAUCCCCAUAGUGCAGGUACUGUGCAAUCCAGGCUUGCGUGAACGCCACUGGGAAGCCAUGUCAGAGAUGGCUGGGUUCUCCCUGCAACCAGCUGGUGAUCAUGUCUGUGUAGCUCAUUUCUUAUCCAUGAACCUGGAGCAGCACCUGAGCAGCUUUGAGGGUAUCAGUGAAGCAGCUGGCAAGGAGUACUCCCUGGAGAAGGCCAUGGAGAAGAUGGCCGGCGAGUGGCAUGACAUGGAGUUCGGCCUCCUAGCCUACAGAGAGACUGGUACAUCCAUCCUGUCAACGGUGGAUGAAGUGCAGAUGCUGUUGGACGAUCACAUAGUGAAGACACAAACCAUGAGGGGCUCACCAUUUAUUAAACCUUUUGAGGUGGAAAUACGGGAAUGGGAAGGCAAGUUGCUGCUUCUCCAGGAGAUCCUGGAUGAAUGGUUAAAGGUGCAGUCCACAUGGCUUUACCUGGAGCCAAUAUUCAGCUCCCCAGAUAUCAUGAUUCAGAUGCCUGAAGAGGGACGCCGCUUUACUACUGUUGACAAAACCUGGAGGGACACCAUGAAAACAGUCGCUCUGGACAAGCACGUGUUGGCAGUGAUAGCCAUUGACAAGAUGCUAGCGAGUUUGAAAAAUUCCAAUAAACUCCUGGAGCUGAUCCUCAAAGGUCUAAAUAAUUACCUGGAGAAGAAGCGCCUCUAUUUCCCACGGUUCUUCUUCCUGUCCAAUGAGGAGCUGCUGGAAAUUCUCUCGGAGACCAAAGACCCCACAAGGGUGCAGCUCCAUCUGAAGAAGUGUUUCGAAGGCAUUGCUAGUGUGGUGUUCACUGAUGUGCUGGAUAUCACCCACAUGAAGAGCAGUGAGGGUGAAGUGGUGCAGCUGCUGGAUAUCAUUUCCACCUCUAAAGCCAUGGGCCAGGUGGAGAAGUGGCUUCUGGAACUUGAGAAUGGCAUGGUUGCCUCCCUGCAUAAGGUAAUUAGGGAGGCAAUAGAAGCGUACCCCAAUGAGUUGAGAAUCAACUGGGUGCGUGCUUGGCCGGGUCAGACUGUGCUCUGCGUCUCACAGGUGUAUUGGACGAAAGACAUUCAUGAAGCCAUUAAGUCAGGACAGAAGGCCUUAGAUGACUACCUGGAGCAGAACAACAGACAGAUUGAUGACAUCGUGGCACUUGUACGUGGCAAGCUAUCCAAGCAGAACAGAGUGACCCUGGGAGCCCUCGUUGUGCUGGACGUUCAUGCCAGGGAUGUACUCGCCUCACUGGUGCAAAAGGGGAUUAGUGACGAGAACGACUUUGAGUGGCUAAGCCAACUGCGCUACUACUGGGUGGAGAACCACCUCCAGACCAAGAUGAUCAAUGCUGGUUUGCCUUAUGGAUAUGAAUACCUAGGCAACACACCGCGUCUGGUCAUCACCCCCCUCACAGACCGCUGCUAUCGCACUUUGUUCGGAGCCCUUCACCUCCAUUUGGGAGGGGCUCCUGAGGGUCCAGCUGGCACAGGAAAAACGGAGACAACCAAAGACUUGGCUAAAGCUGUGGCAAAGCAGUGUGUCGUGUUCAACUGCUCUGAUGGACUGGACUACAUUGCUUUGGGCAAGUUCUUCAAAGGCCUUCUGUCCUGUGGAGCCUGGGCCUGUUUUGAUGAGUUUAACCGCAUUGACUUGGAAGUGCUGUCUGUGGUGGCUCAACAGAUUCUCACCAUACAGAGAGGAAUUUCCGCCCAUGCUGAGAUGUUGAUGUUUGAAGGGACAGAGCUUAAACUGGACCCCUCCUGUGCCGUGUUCAUUACUAUGAACCCUGGAUAUGCUGGACGCUCUGAGCUACCAGACAACCUCAAGGCUCUGUUCAGGACUGUGGCUAUGAUGGUGCCGGACUAUGCGAUGAUUGCAGAGAUCGUUCUCUACUCGUGUGGCUUUGUGACUGCACGUCCCCUGUCUGUGAAAAUUGUGGCAACCUAUCGACUCUGUUCAGAGCAACUGUCCUCUCAGCAUCACUACGACUACGGGAUGAGGGCCGUCAAGUCUGUGCUGACAGCUGCUGGAAACCUCAAGCUCACUUUUCCAGAGGAGAAUGAAGACACCCUGUUGCUGAGAUCCAUUAUUGACGUCAAUCUGCCCAAGUUCCUGUCCCAUGAUCUAAAACUGUUUGAGGGCAUCACAUCUGACCUCUUCCCGGGAGUCGAGCUUCCGAAGCGAGACUACCGCAUCCUGCUGGAGGCCGUUGAAGACCAGUGCAAGCUCAUGAACCUGCAAGUCACUGAUUUCUUUGCUGAGAAGAUCCUGCAGAUCUUUGAGAUGAUGAUAGUGCGGCAUGGUUUCAUGCUUGUGGGGGAGCCCUUUGGAGGAAAGACCAGCGCUUACCGUGUGCUUGCAGCGGCCCUCCAUGAAGUUUGUAAAAAGGGCUUGAUGGAUGAGAACAAGGUACAGAUCACAGUUAUCAAUCCUAAAUCCAUUACCAUGGGUCAGCUGUACGGCCAGUUUGACCCCAUCUCUCAUGAGUGGUCUGAUGGCAUCCUUGCUGUCAGCUACAGAUCCUUCGCCGCCUCUCAGAGCCCAGACAGGAAAUGGCUUAUCUUUGACGGCCCGGUGGAUGCCGUGUGGAUUGAGAAUAUGAACACAGUGCUUGACGACAACAAGAAGCUGUGUCUGAUGAGCGGCGAGAUCAUUCAAAUGUCACCACAAAUGAGCCUCAUCUUUGAGCCCAUGGACCUGGAGGUGGCGUCACCAGCCACAGUGUCUCGAUGUGGUAUGAUCUACAUGGAGCCUCAUAUGCUUGGCUGGAGGCCUCUUAUGCUGUCAUGGUUCAAUACCCUUCCUGCAAUAGUCAGCGCAGCACACAAAGACCUCAUCACUGCCCUGUUUGACCGCAUACUGCCAGCCUGCCUUCAGCUCAUCCGAAAGGCCACGAAGGAGCUUUCCCCAACCUCUGACACAAAUCUGGUCAAAUCCCUGAUGAAUCUGAUGGACUGUAUGAUGGAUGAGUUUCAUGAUGAAGCAAAGAUGAAGAGCAUGAAUGAAAACAAUAUUUGUUCCUGGCUUGAGGGCAUCUUUGUGUUCUGCCUGGUGUGGUCAGUGGGCGCCAGCUGUGAUGAUUCAGGCCGGAGCAAGUUUGACGCCGUGGUGAGGGAAAUACUGAACGGCGCUUUAAGUGAGGAGACCCGGACCUGCCAUGACAUUCUGGCCACCGUUGAGGCUCCAUCUAAACAGCUCACCGUCCCCCUACCCGCUGAGGAAACUGUCUACCAGUAUCGCUUCAUCAAAGAGGGCCCGGGCAGGUGGGAGCUGUGGACGGACGAGUUAAAGACUGCUCCUUCUAUAUGCAGAGACAUGCAGUUCAAUGAGAUCAUCGUCCCAACUGAGAACACAGUUCGAUACAUGGCACUGAUGGAGCUGCUUGUCACCCACCAGAAGCCCACUAUAUUCAUUGGCCCCACUGGUACUGGCAAGAGUGUCUACAUAACAGACUUCCUGUUGAAUCAGCUGGAGAAGGAUGUCUACAGCCCAUUAUUCAUCAACUUUUCAGCCCAGACUACAGCUUCACAGACUCAAAACAUCAUUAUGUCUAAGCUGGAUAAGCGGCGCAAAGGAGUAUUCGGUCCUCCAGUGGGAAAGAAGAUGGUGGUGUUUGUGGAUGAUGUGAACAUGCCAGCCAGAGAGGUUUAUGGCGCCCAGCCUCCUGUAGAGCUGCUUCGUCAGUGGUUGGACCACUGGAACUGGUAUGACCUGAAGGACAACUCUAUGAUUAAACUAAUGGAUAUCCAGGUCAUGUGUGCUAUGGGACCACCUGGUGGGGGCCGAAACCCUGUCACAGCUCGGUACCUGCGCCACUUCAACAUGAUUACCAUUAAUGAUUUCGAUGAGAAGACCAUGUAUACAAUCUUCUCCAGGAUCAUAGACUGGCAUUUCAGUAUAAGGUUCACUUUCCCCAAGUCAUUUGCAGCUCUGACCUCUGAGAUUGUCAGUAGCACUAUGUCAGUGUACCAAGAGGCCACCAAGAACCUGCUACCUACCCCAGCAAAGUCCCAUUACCUGUUCAAUCUGCGUGACGUCUCCCGGGUCAUCCAGGGCAUCUGCCUGUCGCGACCAGAGACUGCAGAUGAAUCAUCUGUCAUCAAACGGCUGUGGGUGCAUGAGGUCCUGAGGGUUUACUAUGAUCGACUGGUUCAUGACACAGAUCGGGCCUGGCUUGUAAGCCAUUUACAGGUGGUGUUUCAAACUCACAUGAAAGAAAACUUCCAUCAGCUCUUUAAGCAUCUGGACCAAGACAGUGAUGGAAAAGUGACUGAGGAUGACCUGCGCAGCCUCAUGUUCUGUGAUUUUCACGACCCCAAGGGUGAUGACCGCAACUACCGGGAGGUGAACAACCUGGACCAGCUCCGACAGGUCGUGGAGUCACACCUGGAGGAGUACAACAAUGUUAGCAAAGCGCCCAUGAAUCUGGUGCUCUUCCGUUUUGCCAUCGAACACGUGUGCCGCAUUUCACGCAUCCUCAAGCAGCCCAGUGGUCACGCCCUGCUAGUGGGUGUAGGCGGGAGUGGGCGCCAGUCCCUCACCCGCUUGGCUGCUCACAUGGCAGAGGCACAACUAUUCCAGGUGGAAAUCUCCAAGACCUAUGGAACCACUGAAUGGCACGAUGACCUGAAGCUGAUCAUGAGGAAGUCCACCCAGGGUGAAGCCCAUGGUGUGUUCCUCUUCACAGACACUCAAAUCAAAAUGGAGUCAUUCCUGGAGGAUGUUGGCAACCUGCUGAACACAGGGGAGGUACCUAACCUGUUUGCCGUUGAUGAAAAGCAGGAGAUUUGUGAGAGAAUGCGAGUGUUGGACCGACAGCGUGACCGAGACAAACAGACAGAUGGCAGCCCCCUAUCCCUGUUCAACAUGUUUUUAGAGCGAUGUCGCACACAGCUGCAUGUGGUGCUGGCCAUGAGUCCCAUUGGAGACGCUUUUAGGAACCGUUUGAGACGAUUCCCUGCCCUCAUUAAUUGCUGCACCAUUAACUGGUUCCAGACCUGGCCCGAGGAUGCCCUGCAAGCAGUGGCCUGUCGCUUUCUAGAGGACGUUGAGAUGACGGAUGAGUCCAGAGAAGGCUGCAUUAUUAUGUGCAAGAGCUUCCACACUUCAACCAUAGAGCUGUCACACCGCUUUUUGACAGAGUUGCAGCGUCACAAUUAUGUCACUCCAACCUCAUACCUUGAGCUCAUUUCCACCUUCAAAGCUCUGCUGAGGACAAAAAGAGCUGAAGUGAUGAAGCUGAAACGUCGCUAUGAGGUUGGCCUGGAGAAACUAGAAUCGGCAGCAGCCCAGGUGUCAACUAUGCAAACUGAGCUGGAGGCUCUACAGCCACAGCUGCUUGUAGCCAGCAAGGAGGUGGAUGAGAUGAUGGUGGUUAUUGAGCAUGAAUCUGUGGAGGUGGCAAAGACAGAAAAGGUUGUGAAAGAGGAUGAGGCCGUGGCCAAUGCACAAGCCAUGGCCGCCAAAGCUAUCAAAGAUGAGUGUGACGCCGAACUGGCUGAAGCGAUGCCUAUUCUGGAGUCAGCUUUAUCUGCAUUGAAUACUCUCACUAAUCAGGAUAUCACAGUAGUGAAGUCCAUGAAAAGCCCUCCCCCAGCUGUCAAGCUGGUUAUGGAGGCAAUCUGCAUUCUGAAAGGCAUCAAGCCAGAUCGUAUUCCUGACCCCUCAGGCUUAGGUAAAAAAGUGGAGGACUUCUGGGGUCCAGCAAAAAAACUCCUGGGAGACAUGAAGUUUCUUCAAAGUCUUCAUGAGUAUGACAAGGAUAACAUCCCAGCACAGUUUAUGAACAUCAUUCGCAAUAAGUACAUCACCAACCCAGACUUUGUACCAGCGAAGAUUCGAACUGCAUCCACUGCAGCUGAGGGCAUGUGUAAGUGGGUCUGUGCCAUGGAUAAAUAUGACAAAGUGGCCAAGGUUGUAGCUCCCAAGAAGGAGAAGCUGGCAGAGGCUGAAGGGGAGCUGAAAGUGGCCAUGGAGAGCCUACAAAAAAAGCAAGCUGCCCUGAAAGAAGUACAAGAUAAACUUGCAAAGCUUCAGGAGACUUUGGAUGCUAACAAGAACAAGAAAGCUGAACUGGAGAAUCAGGUGGAUCUGUGCAGUAAGAAGCUGGAACGAGCUGAGCAGCUUAUAGGAGGCCUGGGUGGAGAAAAGACACGCUGGAGCGAAAUGGCUCUCAGUCUGGGAGAACUCUACAAUAACCUGACCGGAGACAUUCUUAUCUCAGCUGGCAUAGUGGCUUACCUGGGAGCCUUCACCUCCAGCUACAGACAGGACCAGAUCGAGGAAUGGAUGAAUCUUUGUAAAAGUAAAGCGAUCCCGUGCUCCCCCAACAUGUCCCUAAUGAACUCACUGGGUGAUCCAGUAAAAAUCCGCGCUUGGACUAUUGCUGGCCUACCUUCAGACAGCUUCUCUAUUGACAACGGUAUCAUGAUCUCUAACGCCAGGCGGUGGCCUCUGAUGAUAGAUCCCCAAGGUCAGGCCAACAAGUGGGUGAAAAACAUGGAGAAGGCCAAUAGCCUGAAUAUCAUUAAACUGAGUGAUGCUGACUUUGUGCGCACUCUGGAGAACUGCAUCCAGUUUGGCACGCCAGUGCUGCUGGAGAAUGUGGGUGAAGAGCUGGACCCUAUCCUGGAGCCUCUGCUGCUGAGACAGACCUUUAAACAGGGCGGUGCCAUGUGUAUCCGCCUCGGAGACUCAACCAUUGAAUAUUCUCCAGACUUCCGCUUCUACAUCACUACGAAGCUACGCAACCCACACUACCUGCCUGAAACCUCUGUCAAGGUGACACUUUUAAACUUCAUGAUCACCCCGGAGGGCAUCCAAGACCAGCUGCUAGGCAUUGUGGUUGCCCGAGAAAGGCCGGACCUGGAGGAAGAGAAGCAGGCUCUCAUUCUUCAGGGAGCAGAGAAUAAAAGCCAACUGAAGGAGAUUGAAGACCAAAUCCUAGAGGUGCUCUCCUCUUCCGAGGGCAACAUCCUGGAGGACGAGACGGCUGUCAAGAUCCUCUCCUGCUCCAAAGUGCUAGCCAAUGAGAUCACAGAGAAGCAGGCUGUGGCCGAGGUGACCGAGCAGAAGAUUGAUGAGACCCGCAUGGGCUACACGCCUAUUGCUGUGCACUCAGCUAUCUUGUUCUUCUCCAUCGCUGAACUGGCUAACAUUGAACCCAUGUACCAGUACUCCCUCACCUGGUUUAUCAAGCUCUUUAUCGGCUCUAUUGACAACUCAGACAAGAGUGACGACUUGGAGCAGAGACUACAGAUUCUGAGGGACCACUUUACCUACUCGCUGUACGUCAAUGUGUGUCGCUCGCUGUUUGAGAAGGAUAAGCUGCUUUUUUCCUUCGGCCUUAGUGUCAACCUGCUUAUGCACAAAAAGCAGGUGGAUGAGGGGGAGUGGCGCUUCCUCCUGACGGGAGGUGUGGGCCUUGACAACCCACAUACAAAUCCCUGCACCUGGCUCCCUAAGAAGUCUUGGGAUGAGAUUUGCCGCUUGGAUGAGAUGGAGCGUUUCAAAGGUCUGCGUCGUGGCUUGGCUUGUCUAAGGAACGAGUGGAAGAAGGUUUACGACAGUCCAAACCCCCAUCAGAUCCCCUUUCCUGAGGAGUGGCAGGAGAAGCUGAGCCAGUUUCAGAAGAUGCUGGUGAUCCGUUGUCUCAGACCAGACAAGAUCAUUCCCAUGGUCCAGGAAUUUGUGUCCAACAGUUUAGGUCGUCCCUUCAUUGAAGCACCACCCUUCAACCUGAGUAAGGCCUAUGUUGAUAGCCACUGCUGUGCUCCACUCAUCUUCAUCCUUUCCCCUGGCUCAGACCCAAUGGCUGCGUUGCUCAAAUUCGGAGAUGAAAAGGGCUUUACAGGUAACAAGCUGACCUCCCUUUCUCUGGGCCAAGGCCAGGGUCCUAUUGCUAUGCGUAUGAUUGAGACAGGCAUUAAAGAUGGCACCUGGGUGGUUCUGCAGAACUGCCAUCUGGCUACAUCGUGGAUGUCUACACUGGAGAGAGUCUGCGAGGAGCUGAACCCUGACACUACCCACCCAGACUUCAGGCUGUGGCUGACAAGCUACCCCUCUCCCACCUUCCCUGUGGCGGUGCUUCAGAAUGGGGUGAAGAUGACCAAUGAGGCUCCAAAGGGCCUCCGCGCCAACAUUGCUCGCUCCUUCUUAAUGGACCCCAUCUCUGACCCUGAGUUUUUUGGUAGCUGCAGCAAGCCGGCUGUUUUUAAGAAACUGCUGUACGGCCUGUGCUUCUUCCAUGCCCUCACUCAGGAGAGGAGGAAGUUUGGACCAAUAGGCUGGAACAUCCCGUACGAGUUCAAUGAGACUGACCUCCGUAUCUCUGUACAGCAGCUGCACAUGUUCCUUGAACAGUACCAGGAAGUGCCUUUCGAUGCCCUCCGCUACAUGACUGGUGAGUGUAAUUAUGGAGGCCGAGUGACAGACGACUGGGACAGACGAACCCUUCGUACGAUCCUCUCCAUCUUCUACACCUCAAAAGUCAUCGAUGACCCGGAUUACAAGUAUGAUCCAACUGGGCUCUACUAUGCACCAGCUGAGGGAGAUCUCAACAGCUAUAUAGAAUACACCAAGUCACUGCCACUCAAUACGUCACCUGAGAUUUUUGGCAUGAACGCCAACGCAGAUAUCACCAAGGAUCAGGCUGAGACACAGCUACUGUUUGACAGCAUCUUGCUUACACAGUCCCGCUCUACAGGCGGAGAUGCCAAAUCCUCUGAUGACAUGGUCUUUGAUGUGGCAGCUGACAUCCUGAGCAAGCUGCCGGGAGACUUUGACUUGGAGGCAGCAAUGAGGCGAUUUCCCACCAGCUACAACCAGAGUAUGAAUACAGUGCUGCUUCAGGAGAUGGGCCGCUUCAACAACCUGCUGUGCACCAUUCGAGACUCCUGUGUCAACAUCCAGAAGGCCAUAAAGGGGCUGGUGGUGAUGUCAUCAGAGCUGGAAGAGGUGGUAAGCAGCAUCUUGAAGGGGCGUAUCCCAGGCAUGUGGAUGAAGAAGUCCUACCCCAGCCUCAAACCGCUGGGAAGCUACGUCAAUGACUUCCUGGAACGGCUGAAGUUCUUACAGGACUGGUAUGAACAGGGUACUCCUGCUGUAUUCUGGGUGUCAGGAUUCUUCUUCACCCAGGCCUUCCUCACAGGCAGCCAGCAGAACUAUGCCAGGAAACACACCGUCCCUAUUGACCUGCUCGGCUUCGACUUCGAGGUCCUGGAUGACAGACAAUACAAACGACCCCCAGCAGACGGUGUGUACAUCAGAGGUCUGUUUCUUGACGGAGCACGCUGGGACAGAAAGACCAAACUUCUUGCUGAGUCCUACCCCAAAGAGCUGCAUGACACUAUGCCCGUGAUGUGGCUGAAGCCUGUCAAACGGCAGGACAUCCCUCAGAGGAUGUGUUACAUGGUGCCGGUCUACAAAACCAGCGAACGGCGUGGUACCCUGUCCACUACUGGACACUCCACCAACUACGUUGUCGCCAUGACGCUCAACUCCGAUGUGCCUGCUGAACACUGGAUCAGACGAGGGGUGGCUCUGCUCUGCCAGCUCAGCUCCUAGUGUGUUGGUCUCAAACAUCCAAUGAGGUGUUGUUUUAAAAGAACGAGAGGAAAGCAGACAGAAGUGUCUUUUUUUUGCAGCACAUGAGAGCUAUGUAGAGUCCUGAGACCAAGUGUCACAAUAAAGAGGUUAUGAUUCAA